CCUUCUCCUUUGAGGGGUCCUAUCACAGGAAUGUGUGAGUCCUUGGAUAAAUUUGGUUUGGUGACGAUAGUGUGCUUUCUCCAGAGACACUGCCACUUCCUCCCUGCUCCUUUUCUACCCUGAUUUUCUCACUUUUAACUCCUGUGACAAGUCAGGUGGUUUUCCCUUUUCACACUCUCCAGCUACUAGGAAUCUCCCUUUGGCUCCUUGUAGGAGGAAUUGGGCUGAGGUGCCCUUUUGGUGACUGCAAAGGAGAUGGGGCCCUCAGAAACAGCACUUCUGAUGGCUCAUGGUCUGCCUUAAGAAUACGGAGUCCUUAUCUGUGCUGCUCCUGGAAGAACUUCUAGAAGCUUCUGGGGGCCAUCUGCCUAGCUCCAUGGAGCUCCAUUGCCUUGCUAAGAAAAGCAACCAGGCAGACCUGUGUAACUUCAUAGACUGUCGUGCAAAAGGGCCUCUUGGGAACCAGGAAGAGGUGGCAGCCAUCAGAGCUGCUCUGUGCUGUGAGAAACACUGCAAGUCCGUACCAAGAGCAGCUGUAAUGGAAAGAUCUAGACAUAGCCCUUCCCUGGAACCCCACUCCUCCUCCCAGCAAGACAGCACUAUUCAGGUAGCCUUCUUCCCAGAAGGACCCCCUGGGAACAGCCAGAUGUCAUCAGAACGGAAAGUCUGCUACUGCUGCAGCCAGGAGCUAGAAACUUCUUUCACCUAUGUAGAUGAGAAUGUCAACCUGGAGCAACGAACCCAGAGGUCCCCUUCAGUAAAAGGGAGUAAUUGCUCUGGAGACUUUGUCUGGGGAAAUCCAAAUGAAUGGUCCCAUGAGGCUGCCAUAUCUUUGUUAUCUGAGGAUGAAGACGACACAAGUUCAGAAGCCACCUCUUCAGGGAUGUCAGUGGACUAUGGUUUCAUCAGUGCAAUCUUGUUCUUAGUCACUGGCAUCUUGCUAGUGAUCAUUUCUUACAUUGUCCCACGGGAGGUGACUGUGGAUCCCAGCACAGUGGCAGCCCGGGAGAUGGAACGUCUAGAGAAAGAGAGUGCACAGUUGGGGGCUCACCUGGACCGCUGUGUGAUUGCUGGGCUCUGCCUCCUUACUCUUGGAGGUGUCGUUCUGUCCUGUUUGCUGAUGAUGUCUAUGUGGAAGGGGGAGCUGUAUCAGCGAAGUAGAUUUGCUUCUUCCAAUGAAUCUGCAAAAUUCUAUGGUUCUUUCAACUUCAGGAUGAAAACCAGCACUAAUGAAAACACCCUGGAACUGUCCUUGGUAGAGGAAGAUUCUCUUGCUGUACGGAGUUAACUCUGUACUUCCUGAGAUUCUGCCUUGGCAUUUUAUGUAAAAAUGUUUUCGUAAAAUUAAUAAUGUGAGUUACUUGCCCAGCAAGAAAAGUUUAUUUCACAAACCAACAAGCAGCCAGUGAGUGUUUUGUUCAAGUGUCUUCUAUUUAGAAGUCAUGUAAAAUGCAUAAGAAACCACAACUAGCCACACCUAGCUUUGUGAGAGCUGUAAACAGUAUGUAAUGGCCAUGAGCUUCUAUUUGUAUAGCAAAAUAAUUCUAAUGACCCAAUAUACAAGUGAUUUCUUUUAUAAAACUAUAGUAUUCUUAGGUACAUGGAAAUUGAACGUAUAAUGGGGUUGAUUGGCAAUCUAUUUUGUGAAAAAUAAGCACUAAUCACUUAGUAAAGCAUACAUUUAAUUCUCAGAGGUGCUUAUCCAUUUUCUUGCUGGAUUUUCAUGAUAUAAUUUGGCUAAAUACUGAAAUGCAGAUGUUUGAGUAUGGAUAUUUUGAGGCUUGAGAAUGUUGGGUUAUUUUUAAACUAGAAAAAUGUUAUACUUAAAUUAUUCCUGUAUUUAGAAAUGGCAACUAUGUUAUUAGAGUAAACUUUCUAAUAAAGACCAGUGUAAAAUAAACCUGCAGUGUUAGUGCCAGAUAUUUGCCAUUGUCCCGUGCCCUUUUUCUGAGUGAGGUAAAAUGUAGUUGCUGAUAUAAAUGUUAUUUCUGUUUGUGGUUUUGUCAUCAUUCUGGUUAUUUGUGCUCUUGAAGUCUUUGCCAUUUUUCAUAUCAGAAAGGCAAAGCAUGAGACUUCAAAUACACCUCCAGAUAUCUAACCAUCGAGACAAAUCUGAGUCAUGAUUGGCUCUGGCAUGCUCCCAUGCAGUGUUUCAUUAUGGUUGUUUGGAGAUAAUCUCUGAUAGAUUGCAGCUAGACUCGGGAGCUAAACCUGGUAAACUAUGUCAUUUGCCACCAGUCUUUGCCUCAGGAAUCUUUAUGCCCACAGCCAAAAUAAUGCAAUUGGAAGAGAGAAAGACCAACUUCAAUUCAUUGGGCACAGUGCCCACCACCAAUGUGACUCCUCCCAGACAGGUCCAGACAUCUUUCUGAGCACGUUGUGUUUGGUCUCCUCAGUAACUGUGUACUUUAGCCUCAUAAAGUGCAAUUUCUUAGUCUAAGAGGGACAAAAUGGGCAGUGUGGUCAUAUACUCAGUGUCCACACUGCUACUGCCACAGUAUGGAAUUGUUUAGUAAGGGUCAGGGAUGCAGCCUCAGAAAUAUCUUGCAGUGUGGGCCUGUUCCUGAGGUGUUUCCAGCCUCCCACUGUAGGAGUUAUCACUAAUCCUAUGUCUGAGUUUGUGUGGUAGAUGACAUCUAGCAGUGUGUGAGUCAGGAUAUUACAUGAAUGACCAGUGGUGGAUAUCAAGUCCAUUUGAUGGGUAGGGUAGCUGUGUGUUACUAGGCGUCUAGCUAAAGUACAAAAAGAGAUGAUGGGGGCAGAUGUGUGAAGGAAUCAUGAGAAAUCAAGAUUCUUGUUUUCUAUAGCUGGCGUGUGCUUUUAGAUAAACUUUCUGUUUGACUGUGAAUCUCAUGUUACGGUUUUUAUUGAGGCUACCUUCCCAGCAGUAUAAAUGUUAUGUCCUGAAGGUUUAUAAAUUGGCUGAUUCUAGCCUGUUUGAGCUGCUUUGAGGUUCAGACAGGAAGGAAAUAGUCUUCCUGAGUGAGCAAGCAGGCCUUACGUGGGUUAAAAACAAAAAAACAAAAAAACAAAACUAAAAUUUACAUUGUAAAAUCUACAUGUUUAUUCAUGGAGCCUUAGUGAGACCAACUACAUUUUGUUUGUAUUAAUUAGUGAAGCAAAAUUCACUAGCCAAGUAGAAGACUAAACCGAGUUAAUUUGUAGCCUGAUGAUCCGUUCAAACAGGAUGAGUGUCUUUUCAGUUCUGUAAAAUUGAUAAUAAAAGAGAAAAGCCAGUGCUUUUCAUUUGGAAGUGUUUAAUGAAUCUUGCAUACUACCAGAUUUAUAGGUGUGAUCUAAAGUCAACAUUAAAUAAAAGCUAUUUAGGAAAAGAACAUAUAUAUUCAAGUGGAGGUGGGGACCUAACCUGUGAGAAUAUUUUUUUUUCCUGUGGAACUCUAAAAUUUUCCUUAAGAUUUAAAUUGAAAGUUGACAGCAAGUAAAUUCUUAUUUUGAUAAUAUUAUUUAGAUCUGCUAAAAUAUAGAGGACAACUCUUUUUCAGUCAGCCUUCCCCCAUGUAUUUAGUUUGAGAAGUCCCCCUCCAUUUUGUAAGUGCCUGAAUUGAAGACAAAGAUUUCUUGAUUUUGAAAAUAAACCAGAUAAAGAAAGGUACACAACUUUGAACACCAUUGUUCCUAGUCUUAGUCUUAUACCAAAUGUUUUGAUGGUAGAAGUACUUUGGCCAGACCAGGUGAGAAAUGCUACAGACUGCAGAGUCAGUAGCUAUGGUGUCGGUCUAGAAACCUUCACAGAAAUUUGUGACCUUAUAUCUGUCUCUUCAACAUGUUGCCAGUUAUCUGUCAAAGUUUUUAUUACUGGACCUGGAGAAGCAGAAUUUACAGAAGCCCUACACCUUAAGCUUGUUUGUCUGGUUUCAAGAAUCUCAUCUAAGUGUCUCUUCCUAAUCUUAAAGAGAAGGCAGCUAAACCUUCAGCCAUGUGGGCCAACAGUGUCAGGACCAGAAAGAAAGCUGCCUUUCUUUGCUACUGACUUCUGAAUGUUGCUAGUGCACAAUUCAUGCUUUCUAAUGUCUUUCUAAAACUGCCUAUUUAAGACACUUUAAACUGUGGUAGAAUUUGAAGUUUUCUUCGCAAUGCCAUGGGUCCUUGCCAGCUGUUGGAAGCUCUUGAAGCAGGCCAUAUAAUACGAUGUACUGGCCUUACAUAUGAAGAAUGUCUUCUCCCCAGGCUUCCCAUUGCAGAGCUGAUUUGUGGUUCAGAAUAGUACAGGGCUGUUUGGAAGCAGGAAGUCCUUGCUGGGCUGUGCAUGGUUUUACUCACAUGAAUGCCAUGUACCUUGAUUCUGUGCUAUCUAGCUGAUUUCCUUGAUAUAUAAAAUAGGCUUUGCAUCUGCUUAAAUGUUUGAUCCAUCCCCUCAUACUUAGCUUUUUUAGAGACCCAGUUCAACCAGUACUGGCACAUGUCUUGAGUUGCAAGUUUAGACAAACUACCAGAAUCUUUUGUGUAUUCUCUUUAUCCCCAUAUAAAGGUCAAAUGAAUGAGUGAACUUCAUGUCAGUUAUAUAUCAGGAGUUAAGGAUCUGAGCCUAAGGUACUCUUUUUUACUUUGUUGGGAAAGGCAAAAAUUCUAGAGAGUUGAAUUAGAGUAUUAUGACCUUCUUGCUUCACAUGUGUACCUGAAUUAAUCUCUACUUAAAGGGAAACUAUUCUAUGUAUAUGUUAGAAGAAGGAUUUUCUUGAUCUUAAGAUCAGAUUCUGUUGUAGCAGUUAAUACUACCAAAAAAUUGGUCUGACCAGUGAGAGUCACAAUUUUUGCAAAUGCUUUACCUGUUAUAGCAGAUUUAAUACCAUAACUAGAUUCCACAGCAACAAAGGAAUAAAGCAGAUCCUUAUACUUCUCUGUAAUAGAUUUAGUCUUUCCCAGAAUUAGGCAUAAAGAAUGACUUUGAAAAGAAGUAUGAAAAUCAAGUCUCACUGAUUUUUUCCAGUGUAUAAGAUCUUACAAGAUAUAUCAUUCUUUUAUCUAAUUACAGCUAUAUCAUUGUAUGCCCAGAUAGUACUCCAUAAUCCUCUCUCCUCACUUUUAUGAGCAUACAUCUUAGGAAGUAAUUUCCCUAACUAGAACAUUGACAUUGUAAAAAUAGAGAUGAUAAACACAUAAAACUGAUUUCAAAAAUCCAUGGUUUCCACUUAAAAGAGUGUACUUGUGAUUUUUGUCUGUUGGUAUGCAAGUUUAUGUGCACAAGUCUAUAAAUGUAUUAGGUUAUAUUUUGUAGUUGUAGAACUUUAAUAUCCCAAAGCUGAUGUUAUAAUAGUUUUGUUACAGGAGUUUGGAGUGCCUUAAUGUUGACUUUAAAAAUAGGAGAAGUCUUUUACAAGUCAUGGAUGAAGAAUUUGUAAUCAACCACAGACUAAGAUGCCAUAAUUAUAGAAAUCUGUUUUGGUUAUUCAGUAUCCCACAAAUGUUUAUUGAUAUACUUUUUUAACCUUUCAAUUUCAGGCUCCUAAGACUAUAACAUAUUUUGAAAUUAUUUUACUGUGAAUUAGUGCUUUGUUACAGGAAAAUAGAAGCAGCAUUUUCCUUUGCUCCAAGUUUUGGUAACUCUCCUAUACUUCAGAAACAGCCAAACUGUUUCCCACUGCCAUCUUUGUGCUUCCUAGCCAGGCUCAAAACAAAUGUCAUGAAAGAAAGCAAGGAUAGUUAUACCUAUAUGGUAUAUUUAGAGUUUUCACUGUAUGGUUCUUAUCACGCUUUUAAUUCCACUUUUCUUGCCAAACAAAAAUAAUUUGAUGAUGAUUAUGUGUUUUUAUAUUAAAAGGGCAAUUAUUAAGGUUAUGAGUUUUUUCUUAUGGUAUUUGAUGCCU